AUGACAACCCCAGAUGCAUUCAGGGAUGCCGAGCACUUCACUGAUGUCUCUGGCAUCCCGGAUGUGGCCAACGUCGCUGAUGGCGACUGCUCGUCAUCGCCCGCCCAGCAGGAUCUGAGGCGGAAGGUGCAACGGAGGGCGAAGAUUGCCUUGAUUGAUCGUCUACUGCGCGAGCUCGACAUUGUGAUUUACUGCGAGCUGGCGGCUUUGUAUUAUAUGGACUGUGCUUUUUUCCUCUUUGCCCUACGCCUUAUUGUACAACUUAUAUUCUUCACGCCGAAAGCUCCUCCGUUCGACCCGACUAGAAGCCAACCCUUCAUUGGCGCCAUCUUCGGCAGCAAUUUGAUGUGCAUAUUUCUACAUAUUAUCGCCAUCCAUCCAAGUGCAGGCGAGGAAACACGAGGCUACCUCCAUGGUGGUCUUUUCAUUGAUUUUGUGGGUCAGAAGGCCCCCGUAUCGCGAAUACGACUCGUUAUGUUUGAUUUUCUUGUCAUGCUUGUGCACCUUGUUAUGCUGGGACUGGUGGUGGAACGAGUGCGAACAGAUACAGAUCACCAGACGACGGGGAACGAUGAAUCGACAUCAGCGGACAGCGCGAAUCCCGAACAAGAUUAUGAUGCCGAAGAGAGAGGAAUUUUGAGAAGUGAAACAAAUAAUGACUCUUCUUCUGCCUCCUCAGGGUCACGGGACUCGAGUCUCGAGCGAACGGUGUUACUAGCUGAACCUGAUGAGGACGGCUCAAGCCCCAUAUCUAGAAACAUGCAUCCAUUAGACACCCUUUUUUCGGGCGCAGCGCUGAUAAUGGACAUGGGCUUGCUCGACACGAUACGUGAUCAAUGGAGAUACAAUGCAGCCGCUCGGCCACGUACCUCGUUUACGCCUUCGCGAGAGACGACAACGUUUCUCCGAGAACAUCUUGGUGUUAGCGUGGGACCCGAUGGUCGUGUUCUUAGGUUUCAACGAUGA